GUUAUUGAUGGGUUUGACGUCUUGGAUGAACUUGAAAAUGUCAAAGUUUACGCUAUAUAUCGGCCACUUCCUGAACAUCAAUAUAUCGAUGAAUUACGAAGAAGAUUUGCCAUUAGAACAGCUAAGAGUGGCCAAAGUGAAAGUUGUUUGAUGAAUGAAUUGGAAAUGUGCAAGAAGCCUGAUAAUCAAUUAUUUAGUCUUGACAAAAUCGUACGGAUUUUGGAAUUUGAAUCUGUUGAAGAUUUAAUUUGCCUAGCAGUGCCAUCUUCUUUAAAAAAUACUCAUCUCUUUAUAUGA